AUGACUGCAGAUAAUCUAGCGCAGCUGAUCUUCAAUGAAGGCCUCUACGAGCAUGUGGCCUUGCUUCGAAGCCAGUAUCCGACCGAGAAGUUCAUCUAUAUACUGCAGGGCUUCAAUUCCUGGAAGAAGAGAAACCGUGUGAUACAAAACCAACUGAUCACUGCUAGUGUAUCAUUGCGGAGUGAGAGCCGGCAAACUAACUGCGUUGACGAGGCGAUGGUCGAACACGCCCUCCUCGAGCUGCAGGUCGAGCACGACAUCCUCAUCCACCACACUGCUAAGCCACGCGAAACAGCCGAGUGGAUCUUAAUAUUUACGCGGAAUAUCUCCGCAAUUCCCUACGAAAAGCAAUGGGUCAAAAAUACAGCAGGCGCAGGUUUUUGUACGGACAGCGGGCAGAUCAGGAAGGGUGUAGACACGCACGAUACAUACUCCCGUAUGCUACAAGUGAUCCAUCGUGUGUCGGCCCCUAUGGCCUUCGGUGUGGCGUCGGAAUGUGGGACCGUUACGGAGCUGGUAGAACGACUGGAGACGCGAGGGCCCAGGGCGCUGGCGCAGGUACGUAAGAGAGUCGGCAAGGACAGCGCGCUCCUAGACCAGACGAUUGGCCAAGCCGUCAGCAGGCGUUUCCACAAGAUUUUUACGGGCACCAACGAUAGCAGCACAGAUGUAUAA